UUCAAUAUCUUAUAUACAUAAUAUGGGAAAAGUAGCUGAUGAAUCUGAAUAUUUGAGGACAGAAGUAGCACUGUUACAAUUUUCUGAUGCUAAUUUCAAAUCUCCAUUAUCUCCUUUGUUCAUACACAUUCAUGAUGAUGAUCAUCAAACCACUACUAGUUUUGACUCUGAAUCUGACCCAUCAUCACAACAGCAGCAGCAGAAUGAACAACAGCAUCCAAAAGAUGAGUGGCUUCCACUAACUGAAUCAAGAAAUGGAAAUGCAUAUUAUGCAGCUUUUCAUAUUCUAAAUUCCAACAUUGGUUUUCAAGCUCUCAUGCUUCCUGUUGCCUUUGCCACUCUUGGUUGGAUUUGGGGUAGUGUGUGUUUGUCAAUAGCAUUCACUUGGCAACUUUAUACAAUAUAUCUUCUAAUUGAGCUUCAUGAAUCUGUCUCUGGAAAACGUCAAAGUAGAUAUCUUUUCCUUGCAAUGUCUGCAUUUGGUGAACGAUUAGGAAAAGUAGCAGCACUAUUUCCAGUAAUGUACCUAUCAGGAGGUAGUUGUGUAAUGUUUAUAAUCACUGGUGGUGGGACAAUGAAGCUACUAUUCAAGACUCUAUGCGAAAACCAUAACGGGACAACAUGCGGCGCGCACUCGCUAAGUGGGGUGGAGUGGUUCUUAGUGUUUACUUGUUUGGCCAUACUCAUUGCACAGUUGCCUAAUCUCAACUCAAUGGCUGCUGUCUCUUUGGUGGGAGCUGUUGUCUCUAUCAGUUACUGCACACUGUUUUGGUCACUUUCUGUUAAGAAAGGUAGGCCAAUGGGUGUGUCCUACAAUACUACACUGGUGCAACAAGAAUCAACAUUGGUGAAGAUUAGUGACAUUUUGAAUGCUAUUGGAAUCAUUGUGCUAGCUUUUCGAGGUCACAAUGUUGUACUAGAAAUUCAAGGAACUCUACCUUCAAAUUUGAAAGAAACAUCAAAAGAACCAAUGCGUAGAGGAGUGACCAUUUCAUAUAUACUUAUUGCCAUGUGUGUCUUUCCUCUCUCAAUUGCUGGAUUUUGGGCAUAUGGAAACCAGAUACCUUCUGAUAGAGGAUUUUUAACUGCAUUCCCACAAUUCCACAAACAUGAAGUAACAAAAUUCUCAAUAGGUGCAAUCUAUGUUCUAGUGAUACUACAUUGUUUGAGUAGCUUCCAAGUCUAUGCCAUGCCAGUUUUCGACAACUUGGAACUAAGAUACACAACCUUAAAGAAUAAAAAAUGUCCACGAAUUGUGAGAACAUGCUUUCGGUUACUCUUUGGAGGGUUCACAUUUUUUAUAGCAGUAACAUUUCCUUUCUUGCCAAGCCUUGGUGCUCUGAUAGGUGGAAUGACCCUUGUGCCCCUCACAUAUGCAUAUCCUUGUUUCAUGUGGCUAGCUAUUAAGAAACCUCGUACAAAGGGUAUAGUAUGGUGCUUCAACCUCGUACUUGGUUGCUUAGGGAUGGUUCUUAGUGUACUUUUGGUGGCUGCUGCUAUAAGGACUUUGGCUGACAAAGGGUUAAAUGCUAAUUUCUUCAAACCAUGAUCAAAGACAAGCAAAGCAACCACAAAAUAUUCAUUAUUCAACAAUAAAUGUAUUGUAAUCCCAAUUGAUAUUUUGUAUGGGUCACCAACUGUUGGAACAUUAUGCAUAUAUUCCAAUAUAGGGAGAUGAAUUGAAAAAGUUCAUUAAGUGAAGUCCCACAUUGUAUAUUAGUUGAAAAAACUUCUUAGUCCCACAUUGCUUAGAUUAGAAAUCUUAGCUAGUUUAUUUCAUUAUAUAAUGAAGUCACUUGUUUCAUUCCAAAACACACCAAAAACUUAAUUUGAGUUUUUCCUUCCUCACUCUCAUAACUCUGCGUCUUUCGAAUUGUCGAAGCGCCAACUUCUCCCUCUUUCUUUCUACUCGUUGAAUUUUCCGAGUACCUUCUUGAAUUCUCUUUAGAGAAUAAUGUUAAUUUCUCCUCGUUUGAGUUGAGAAAUUAUAAGUAUAAUUUUUUCUUGGAUUCUCUUUAGAGAAUUAUUGAAAUUUCUCUUGGUUUGAGAAAUUACUACGACUGGUCUUUAUACCAGAUACUAAGAUGGUAUUCAUACCAUAUUUGAAUGGUCCUAGUACCAUUUGAGGGUGUAUUUCUAGACCGAUUAUCUACCGUGCAAGUAGUAAUCGUAUAGUAUAGAACUGGGCUGUUUUAUCCUGGAGGCGUCGUGGUUAUUAAGAGCUGCUUUGCAUAAUUUUGGCAGUACCGCGAAACGUCUUAAAGAAAGCGUACCGAUCCGCGACUCGACCCGGUAAUUUCUUUGGUGGCAAAGUUGUUAAAAUCGUGAUCCAACAAUUUUAAGACGUUUCGAAUUGCCAUGGCUACUGAAGAAAUUAUUGGUACUUCUGCGGAUACUUUCUUUGACAAACCGUCAUGUUUGAGAGAUGUCACUUCAAAUGUUGGCAACAAAUGAUGAUUUUCUUCUUAAUGUUGAAAAAAAAAUAGCUAACAUUUUGACCGAGGACAUUUUGUUGCUCCCUUUGGAUCAACCGAACAUACUAACGGUAAGAAAUUUGAGGAUCAAAAGGAACACAUAAUAGUGUUGAAGCUGAAUCUGCUGCACAGAUUAAAGCGAACAAUUUACAGCUUAGGAAUGAAAUCACCUUAUAGAAAGAAUGAUUAUAACAUUCUGAAUAGAAUCACAAAUGAUCUGUAUGACUAUUACAGUAAUUGUGAUACUUCAAAAUAUGUUUAAGAGACUCUGAAAAACAAGUAUGACAUUGAAGAAGCUGGAGAACAGAAGAAUGAUUUUAGCAGCUACGUGAAGUAUCAGAUGGUAGUUGAAAGGUCCAUAGAAACUCAAAGUCACGAACUUCAAAAUAUUGCUCAUAAGAUCAUCACUGAAGGUAUGUAUUUAUAAGCAAUUUGAAUUUCUUUUAUUAUUGACAAACUGCCCCUAGUUUGAAAGUUUUUAUGAAUUAUGUCUUGUUAGAAAAUAAAAUAAUAUUUUAUUUAGAGACUGAUUAUUCUCAUUAAAGAAGAAUAUCAGAGACAUGAUUAAAUAGAAAAGUCUUGGUUGCUUUAAACAACAAAAAUAAAUUCGGUAUGGUUCUAAAGCCAUAUGGCAAAUCAUUAUAGAAUUAGAACUGCAAUAUUGUGAACCGAAUUAAGAAUGAGAACCCUUCUAUGGCCCCAAUUGCUCCAACUAGACAACAACCACCACCUCAAAGAAAUGACGUGGUUUUGCUUUUGUUUCAACUGUGGAAAACUAAGUCAUAUGGCUAAGAGAUGUAGCAUGUAAUGCUUGAACUUGGUGUGGCCCGUAAUGCACGAGUUAACCUGGCUAAUGGAAAAUUUAUUCAUAUGAUCAUUGAAAUCAACAUGGUUGAUAGAUUUGAUGGUUGGUGGAUAAACACAGGCGUCUCUCGUCGUGGUUGUUAUGAUCGUGUUAUGUUUAAAACAUACACGAAUACUAAAGAUAAGAAAGUGUUGUUGGGAGAUGCCCACACCACUAAUGUUGUCGAUAUUGGAGAAGUGGAACAUGGUCCACCUAUGAAAAGACUUUAAUCUUGAAGAAUGUCAUGUAUACUUCUGAUAUUAUAAAGAAUCAUGUUUAUGUUUUCUCUUCUUCUUAUAAAUAAGGAAAUAUUUAGUCAAUUUAUUGGGGUAGAUUUGUACACCAUCAUCAUAAAGAAUGAUAUUUUUGUGAAUGAAAUUGAUAAGUUCAAAAACUUUGUAAAGAAUUUGAAAAUGAUUUAGUAAGAAUUUGUAGUGAUAGGUAAUAUGUAUGAUUCUAGUUUAUUUAAUAAUUUUUAUAAACAACAUUGAAUUGUACAUGAAACGACUGCUCCAUAUUCCCCUGAAAUAAAUGGUAAAGCAGAAACAAAGAAUAGAACUCUUAUUGAAUUUUUUGUUGCAAUUAUGAUGAAUUCUGGUGCUGCACCUCACUAGUGGGGGGAAAUUUUAUUGACUGUUUGUUAUGUCUUGAAUAGAGUUCCCAA